UCGCUUAUGCGGUGUCGAUCGCUUUUCGUGCAUAACUUUACCAAGCAGGUUUUUUGCUGAAUAUCUUGAUACUAUAUUGGCCCGUUGCCCUUGCUAGACCUAGCGCAUGGCUGUCGAUAUGAGUUGGAAGUAGGACUGCCGGGCGAUUUACUUAUAUAAUAUCACGUCCAAAAAUGUCUUCCCUAAACCAACAACCUCGCCCUUGCAGAUUGUCAAGCCCCUUUGGUGGUCAACGAGUGCUUGUGAUAGGUGCAGGUGUCAUUGGAUUGACAACAGCUUAUGAACUGUUGACAGCUGGGUAUGAAGUUACUGUGUUGGCCAAGGAGUUCCCUAUUCCUGGUGAUCCAGUAAUUGUGUCACUGAUCGCUGGUGCACUAUGGGUCUUCCCUACUAAGAUGGAUUGUUUUGAAGAAUUCAGCAGACAAAAAAUUGAGGCAUGGGCAAUGGUCUCUUAUGACAAACUGGUGCAGCAAGCAAAAAAUGGAUGUAAGACUGGUGUGAAAGUCAUUGAAAAUGUCUACCUGUUCAAGGAUAUAGAUGGUCCAACAAUGGAGUUUAUAAAUAAAAGCAAACACCUUCCAAAGUUCAGGCAUUCACCCAUGAUAAUUAAAGAGAAAGGAAUUAAUACCUCACCUCAUGGAGUUAAAGAUGCAGUUUCUUUUUGGGUUCCUGUAAUCAACAGUCCCUCGUACAUGAUGUGGUUAUACCAACAGUGUCAACAGCUUGGAGUAAAAUACGUGAGAGCAUCUUUACAAGGCACUUUACUUUCACAACUCAACUCCCUGAUGACAUCAUACAAUGCUGAUUUUGUCAUCAACUGCACUGGUCUUGCGGCAAAAGAACUUGCAACAGACGACAAGGUCUAUCCUGUAAGAGGAGCCCUGAUCAAUGUACCCAGUGAUGCACUUAAUAUUGAUUACCGCUUGGCACAUGGCUUCAAGACUGAGUAUGGUGGAAGGCCUGGGGAGAAUGCCGCCAUAGGCAGGCCCUCAAUACUACCACACCAUAACAAUGACCCAAGCAUGGGAAGUCUAGGCGUCUUUUACCAGUCGCACGAAUACAACACCAACCUCAGCCUCUCUCAUCCACUAGUAAAGAAAUUCCUCCAGCAAUGUAUUGCGAUGUACCCCCCAGUUGGCAGUAUAAAGGAGAAGGAUAUGGUUGUCAAAGUGGGACUGAGGCCGGUGAGAUCUGGGGGGCCACGGGUGGAGCCAGAUCCCAGUAAUCCCAGGCUUAUUCAUAACUAUGGGCAUGGUGCAAUCGGAUACAUCUUGUCCUGGGGCUGUGCAAAGGAGUGUCUGGAAAUGGUGAGAUCUGGAAAUCUCAAAGCCAGGCUGUGAAAGUGAUACCCAAGUCAUACCCUAUCGAGAAAUAUUUAUAAAGGAUUGAUCGGGGUUGAAUGGGCAUACGUGUACGACAAUCACGGGUAUAAGAAUUUGGAAUGAAUUGCAAUGUAAACAAAUUUUAAAAAUAAUAUAAUAAUGGCACCUCUUUAUAAUACCCUCUAUGGAACAUACACCUCCCUAAGACCAAAUUUCAGAUUGUCCAGAGUGUGUGUCAGAGGUUCUGUUAUCUAGGAUAGAAAGAAGUUCUGAUCUUUUCACUGUGUUCCACUAGCACGAUAUCUUUAUCUAUUAUCUAUUAUGAAUCCCAUUUAAAAAUGGGAUUCAUAGGAUGAUAAGUGCACUAUACAUAACAUUUGCUUAAACACUUUCUCUCUCUCCCUCAUCUUAGAAGUUUUCUGGUUCCUUACCAGUGACUCAUGUGUAAAUAAAUAUUAUUAAAUAAAGUAAAUUUGCAUAACGUAA